GUAGGACUCGGAGUGACAUAUAAAGAUGGUCCGCGCUGUGAGGACAGGCAAUGGAAAUAGUUCGCUAAGAGACUGGUCAAAUUAAUUAUUUGUUAAAAAUGAAAUCAUUUAUCGUAGUAUGCUGCCUGUUCGCGUGCGCCCUCGCCGGCGUCCCCCGAGAGAAGCGUGGCUUCCUGGGCGGGCUGCACUCCUCGGACGUGUACAGCGGCUACUCCGCUCCCAUCAUCAGCCUCUCGGAGCCCGUCCUCGGAUACUCCGCUCCGGCUGCCAAACUCGUCAGCGUCAACAAAGUGGACAACUCUCACCGUGUCGUGGACGUCCCUCAAGUAGUGAACGUCCGCAAGGUGGUGUCCGAGCCUCAAGUGGUGUCCGUCAACAAGCUGGUGGCCGCUCCCAGCUACAGCUCCCACGGCAGCGGACUGGGACUGGCUUCGGUUUGGGAUCACGGAUACUCUAGCGGAUGGUGAUCAUCGUACCCUGACGACAACAUCUAGUCUCAUUUGUUUGAAAAUACUGUUAUUUAUUUAAAUAAAUAUUUUUUUUAUUUCGCUA